UUAGCAAUAAAGAACAGUUGGAUCAGUUAAACUACUCGGUUGGGUUGACAUUAUAAGCAAUUCUGGAACACAUUCUGUGCAUGUUAUGAUGUCUAGGGGAUUUCAAAUGAGUCCAAAGAUUGACAGUGAUCAGUUGCACAUGAUUAGGUGGUUCAGAUCCCAAGUACCCACGUAUAUCCAAUAAAAUAAUUGCCUUUUGGCUUAUCAUUUAUCUGUCACUCAUUAGAUUAACUAUAAACUAAUUUGUCUCUCAGAACUUCCUAUAACCUUCCCUUCUUUCUCCUUCCCUUCACUCCUUGUUCCCUGAUAUGCAAAAUGCAACAAGAUUAAGAGGAUCCAACACCAAGAGAGCAACCACCAAAAUGCAAACCCACCUGCUGUUCUUCUGUUGUUACAUUGGCCUCUCACUGGCUUUUACUGAAGCUGCAGCUGAUGGUGAACUGUCAAGUCUUCUCUCAAUCAAAGCCACUCUCAUUGACCCAAUGAGGCAUCUGAAGGAUUGGCAAAUUCCAAGCAAUGUGUCACAAUCAGGAACACCCUAUUGUAACUGGACUGGAGUUGGUUGCAACUUUAAAGGCUAUGUAGAGAGUCUUGACCUCUCCAACAUGAACCUCAGCGGUCGUGUUUCGGACCACAUUCAAUCUCUUUCAAGUCUGUCUUAUUUCAACAUAAGCUGUAACAACUUUGCUUCAUCACUGCCCAAGUCACUGUCCAACCUCACCUCUCUCGAGAAUUUUGAUGUGAGCCAGAACUACUUCACUGGCAGCUUCCCCACUGGUCUUGGAAGAGCUGCAGGCUUGAGAUUAAUCAAUGCAUCGAGCAAUGAUUUUUCUGGUUUUCUUCCUGAGGAUAUUGGAAAUGCAACCUUGCUUGAGAGCCUUGAUUUUCGAGGGAGCUACUUCGUGAGUCCAAUCCCCAGGAGCUUUAAGAAUUUGCAGAAACUCAAAUUUCUGGGCCUUUCAGGCAAUAACUUCACAGGGAGGAUUCCAGGAUAUCUCGGUGAUCUAACUUCUCUGGAGACAUUGAUUAUCGGAUACAAUUUAUUUGAAGGUGAGAUCCCUGCAGAGUUUGGAAACCUGACCAGUCUUCAAUACCUUGACUUGGCUGUAGGAAGUCUCAGUGGACAAAUUCCAGCUGAAUUGGGUAAGCUGACAAAACUCAACACAAUUUACUUGUACCAUAACAACUUCACAGGAAAAAUUCCUCCUGAACUUGGAGACGUAACUUCACUGGCAUUUUUGGACCUCUCUGACAAUCAGAUCUCCGGAGAGAUUCCGGAAGAACUUGCUAAAUUGGAAAACCUGAAGCUCUUAAAUCUGAUGACGAACAAACUAACUGGACGAGUACCAGAGAAGCUUGGUGAAUUGAAAAAUUUACAGGUGCUUGAGCUCUGGAAAAAUUCCUUACAUGGUUCUUUGCCACCAAACCUUGGUCAGAACUCUCCUUUACAGUGGUUGGAUGUAUCCUCUAACGCACUAUCUGGGGAUAUCCCUCCAGGUUUGUGUACAACUGGAAAUCUCACUAAACUAAUCCUCUUCAAUAAUUCCUUCACUGGCUCCAUUCCAAGUGGACUUGCCAACUGUUUGUCUUUGGUACGUGUUCGGAUUCAGAACAAUCUUAUUUCUGGAACUAUUCCAGUUGGCUUUGGAAACCUCCUUGGCCUUCAACGGCUAGAAUUCGCAAAGAACAACCUCACUGGGAAAAUUCCCUCUGAUGUUACCUCAUCCACAUCGCUCUCUUUCAUUGAUGUAUCUUGGAACAACUUUGAGUCAUCUCUUCCGUCAGAUAUUCUUUCUAUUCCAACCCUUCAAACCUUCAUUGCCUCUCAUAACAAUUUUGGAGGAGAUAUCCCAGACGAGUUCCAGGACUGUCCAUCUCUCUCUGUAUUGGACCUUUCAAACACUCAUAUUUCUGGCACAAUCCCCGAAAGUAUUGCUUCUUGUCAAAAAUUAGUCAACCUUAACCUUCGAAAUAACCACUUGACAGGAGAAAUCCCAAAAUCAAUCACAAGCAUGCCCACUUUAUCUGUUCUUGAUCUUUCCAACAACUCAUUGACCGGUAGGAUUCCUGACAACAUUGGCAAUUGCCCUGCUCUGGAAUUGCUGAACUUGUCCUAUAACAAACUUGAGGGUCCAGUACCCUCAAAUGGGAUGUUGGUGACCAUAAAUCCUAACGAUCUUAUUGGCAAUGAAGGUCUUUGUGGAGGCAUUCUCCCUCCAUGUUCUCCAAGUAUGGCUGUGACAAGCCAUCGAAGGCGCUCACAUGUCAGACACAUCAUAAUCGGUUUUGUGACUGGCAUUUCAGUGAUUUUAGCUUUUGGUGCAGCAUAUUUUGGUGGUAGAUGUUUGUACAAUAGAUGGCACUUAUAUAAUAACUUCUUCUAUGAUUGGUUCAAACAGAACAAUGAAGAUUGGCCCUGGAGACUAGUAGCAUUCCAGAGGAUCAGCUUCACUAGUAGUGAGAUUUUGACUUGCAUGAAGGAAUCAAAUGUUAUAGGAAUGGGGAGCACUGGUAUCGUUUACAAAGCUGAAAUCCAUAGACCUCACGUAACCGUAGCAGUGAAGAAAUUGUGGAGGUCACGAACAGACAUAGAAGAUGGAAAUGAUGUGUUGAGAGAAGUGGAACUCCUAGGGAGACUUAGACACAGGAAUAUAGUAAGGCUAUUGGGGUAUGUACACAACGAAAGAAAUGUGAUGAUGGUUUACGAGUACAUGCCUAACGGGAAUCUUGGAACAGCACUACAUGGUGAAGAAUCUACAAGGUUGCUUGUUGACUGGGUCUCAAGGUACAACAUAGCUCUAGGAGUUGCACAAGGGCUCAACUACCUCCAUCAUGAUUGCCACCCACCAGUUAUUCACAGGGAUAUCAAGUCAAACAACAUACUCCUUGACGCAAAUUUAGAGGCGAGGAUAGCAGACUUCGGGUUGGCAAGGAUGAUGAUUCAAAAGAACGAGACAGUUUCCAUGGUGGCUGGAUCAUAUGGAUACAUCGCACCAGAAUAUGGAUACACUCUGAAGGUUGACGAGAAGAUUGACAUAUACAGCUAUGGGGUGGUGCUUUUGGAGCUUCUAACUGGCAAAAUGCCUUUAGACCCUUCGUUUGAAGAAUCUAUUGACAUAGUCGAAUGGAUACGGAAGAAGAAAAGCAACAAAUCCUUGUUAGAAGCACUGGAUCCUGCCAUAGCUAGUCAAUGCAAGCAUGUCCAAGAAGAAAUGUUGCUUGUACUCCGGAUUGCACUUCUAUGUACCGCAAAGCUUCCCAAGGAAAGACCACACAUGAGAGACAUCAUCACAAUGCUUGGUGAGGCAAAGCCAAGAAGGAAAAGUGUUUGCCAUAAUGGGGGUCAAGAAAGCAGUAGCAUGGAAAAGUCCUCUGUCCUUACCACCUCCCCUGCCAUAAGUCUUUUGUAGCAACAAGAUGUUUAGUAACGAGAAAUAUAAUUUGAAUUUUGUAGCCUCUGAAUUUUUGAUGUAUGCUUUGCCUGCGUCGACCAAAAUUUCUAUCAUAUAGUAAAUACAUGUAUUUUCGGUAAGAUAUUGAUUCUUUUACUCCUUUUCAAUUGAGGAAGGAAGGGCGAUUUCAGAAUCGCAAUCAGAUUAUCAACAGCAUAGUAAAAUGUGCUUAAAGACUGUAUACUGAGUCGUCGACUCUCACUCCAUUUUCAUUACCGUUUCACCAUCUCAUCAAUGACAUGUAUAGUUUGCAAA